AUUAUUUACAUGAUCAUGAAAGUGACUGCAUAGUCAUGCAAUUCUCUCCCAAAAUCCAAUCUUAAACCGCGUACUCCUCCAAUUGCAACAUACCCUCUUCACCAGUUUUACCUUUAUCCAUACUUUCUUAAUUAAUUAAAUACGACAAAGUUUGUUGGUUUAGUUAUCAUUUGAGCUUUUGACAGCUAAAUUUCUUUAUACCAUUCAAUUCAAUACAACUACCUACAGCUUGCUACAAGUACUAUAUCACAAACUCACCUUCUUAUCCUUUUCCCCUCUUAGCAACUUGCUUCAAAUCUCACAUUCUUCAUUUACUAUAUAUACACCAAACAACUCUUCAAUCUUCACAACAUAUCCAAUAUUACCACUUUUACUAAUUCACAACAUCAUGGCUUUUACCACUUGCAACAAAUUACUAGUGCUCCUUUUCAUUAAUGUAGCAUGUGUUGCUGCUAACUUCAACCAAGAUUUUCAAAUUACAUGGGGAGACGGUCGUGCCAAAAUACUCAACAACGCCAAUCUUCUCACUCUUUCCCUUGACAAAGCCUCCGGCUCUGGCUUUCAAUCCAAAAAUGAAUACUUAUUUGGCAAAAUUGAUAUGCAGCUUAAACUUGUUCCAGGAAACUCUGCUGGCACUGUCACCGCCUAUUAUCUAUCCUCAAAAGGAGGUGCAUGGGAUGAGAUAGACUUCGAAUUCUUGGGAAAUUUGAGUGGUGAUCCUUACAUAGUUCAUACCAAUGUGUUUAGCCAAGGAAAAGGUAAUAGAGAGCAACAAUUUCAUCUAUGGUUUGACCCAACUGCAAAUUUUCACACGUACUCAAUUCUAUGGAAUCCACAACGUAUUGUGUUUUCAGUGGACGGGACACCAAUAAGGGAGUUCAAGAAUUUGGAAAGAAUUGGAGUUCCAUUUCCUAAGAAUCAAGCAAUGAGGAUAUACUCAAGCCUGUGGAAUGCUGAUGAUUGGGCAACAAGAGGUGGACUUAUAAAGACAGAUUGGUCCAAAGCACCAUUCACAGCUUCAUACAGAAAUUUCAAUGCAAAUAAUGCUUGUAUAUGGAGCAGUGGAAAAUCAUCAUGCAAAUCUUCUCCUACAUCGGCAUCAUGGCUAUCACAAGAGCUUGACUCAACUGGUUUGCAGAGGAUGAGAUGGGUGCAGAAGAACUAUAUGAUUUACAAUUACUGCACAGAUAAGAAGAGAUUUCCACAAGGUCUUCCACUUGAAUGCACUCACUCCUAGUAGGGGUGGCAAAACGGGCCGCCCGCCCCGCCCGCCGCCCGCCCCGCCUUAUGCCCGCCAAAAAACGAGCGGGGCGGGCAUGCCCGCCAAGUAAAAUGGGCAUAAAAGUCAUGCCCGCCCCGCCAAGAUGGCGGGUUGGCGGGCGGCGGGCUUACCCGCCUAUUUUUAUUUAUAUUUUUUUAAUAGAUUAAUAGGCUUUUUUUACCUUUUAAUUAAACUUUUCACUUAUUUUUUAAAACAAUUUUUUAUAAAGCAACUUUUUAACAAAUUUACUUAAAAAAAUAUUACAUAUAUUUAUAAAUAAAUGUAUAAAAUAAACCAUCAAGAAUUAAAAUUACUAGAAUUAACUAAAAAAAGAGUGAGUUUUGGAGGAGAGGCGGAUUUUGGCGGGCGGCGGGCUUUGGCGGGGCGGGUAUGGCGGGCGACGGGUUUUUGCGGGGCGAGUUUUGGCGAGCGGCGAGCCUAAAAUCCCAACCCAACCCGCCAUUUUUUGGCGGGUGGCGGGCCGGCCCCGCGGGCCACGGCCCGUUUUGCCACCCCUAACUCCUAGUCCUAUACUCUAGGACACUCUCUUUAUCAUUUUCUUAUGUAGUAUAUCAUCAUUCUUUUUUUUUAUGCCUAUAUAUGUUCCUUCUUUGUUUGUAAUUCUAUUUAUUUAUUUACCAUGUAAAAUAUCAUAUCAAGUCGUAGCUAGAUAACCUUUUGUAAUAUAUCCUUUUGUAACUUAGAUAUAUAUGAUAUUACUUAUUCCAUUA